GAAAACUCUUCUAUCAUGUCGCAGAAUGGAUACUUUGAGGAUGCAGGCUACCUCAAGUGUGACGUGGAUGAUGCCUCUGAAACCCGUGAGGAGAGCCUGGGGGAUGAGGCCUUCGACACGGUCAACUCCUCCAUUGUGUCUGGCGAGAGCAUCCGCUUCUUUGUCAACGUCAACCUCGAGGUGCAGCCCACCCAGUCUGAGAGUGAAUCGCCUGGAGGCUACGGUCUCCUACACACCUCCCGCAAGUACCUGAAGUUAAAGAACUUUGAGGAAGAGAUCCGGGCGCACCGGGACCUAGACGGCUUCUUGGCACGGGCCAGCAUCAUCCUGAACGAGACAGCCACCUCCCUGGAUGACGUGCUACGGGCCAUGCUGUGCCGCUUAGCCCAAGACUCCCACAACACCGAGCCCGACUGCAACUUGGACCUGCUCAUGGCCAUGCUUUUCACUGAUGCCGGGGCCCCCAUGGAGGGUAAAGUUCACCUACUGUCAGAUACAAUCCAAGGGGUCACUGCUACAGUAACGGGGGUGCAAUACCAGCAGUCGUGGCUCUGCAUCAUCUGUACCUCCAAGGCUCUGCUGAAGCGGCACGUGUGCAUCAGCCGCCUGGUUCGCCCGCAGAACUGGGGGGAGAAUUCCUGUGAGGUGCGGUUCGUCAUCCUAGUGCUGGCCCCACCCAAGAUGAAAAGCACCAAGACUGCGACGGAGGUGGGACGCACGUUUGCCACGAUGUUCUUAGACAUCACCUUCCGCCAAAAGCUCCUGAAGACCCGCACGGAGGAGGAAUUCAAGGAGGCCCUGGUACAUCAGAGACAGCUGCUCACCAUAAUGAGCCACUGUCCGAGCAUCAGCACGAAGGACUACAGCAUGAGCUCCAUCUGCACCCACAGACCCCCGCAGCCCCCACGGCACAAGGACUUUCUCCCCAUGGGGAGGGGCAUCCGGGAGGACAUCGCGCGCAGAUUCCCUGUGUACCCGCUGGACUUCACUGAUGGCAUUAUCGGGAAAAACAAAGCUGUGGGCAAAUACAUCACCACCACCCUGUUCCUCUACUUCGCCUGCCUCCUGCCCACGAUCGCUUUUGGGUCCCUCAACGAUGAGAACACGAACGGGGCCAUUGAUGUACAGAAGACCAUAGCUGGGCAGAGCAUUGGAGGCCUCUUGUACGCACUCUUCUCCGGGCAGCCGCUGGUGGUGCUGCUGACGACGGCACCCCUGGCCCUCUACAUCCACGUGAUCCGUGGCAUCUGUGAUGACUACAAUCUGGACUUCAGUACCUUCUAUGCAUGGACAGGCCUGUGGAACAGUUUCUUCCUCGCGCUUUAUGCCCUCUUCAACCUCAGCCUGGUCAUGAGUCUCUUCAAGAGGUCAACGGAGGAGAUCAUUGCUUUGUUCAUUUCCAUCACAUUCGUGCUGGAUGCUGUCAAGGGCAUGGUCAAAAUCUUCCAGAAGUACUACUGUGGCCACAACCACGGGAACUACUACGAAGAUAGGUCUUCCCCGGUGAGCCUGCUGGGCCUCAGCCCCAGCCUCAACAGCAGCCUCCACGCUGCCCUCAACACCAGCCUCCUGGCCGGCCCACCAGAGCUGACUUCAGUGGGCAGCCAGGGCCCCGAGCCCCUGGCCCGGGACACAGCUGUGCUCAGCCUCCUCAUCAUGUUGGGGACACUCUGGCUGAGCUACACCCUCUACCAGUUCAAGAAGAGCCCCUACCUGCACCCCUACAUGCGUGAGAUCCUGUCAGACUGUGCCUUGCCCAUCUCAGUGCUUACCUUCUCCCUCAUCUCUUCCUACGGCUUCCAGGAGAUUAAGAUGGGCAAGUUCCGCUACAACCCAAGCAAGAGCCUGUUCGAGAUGGCCGAGAUGCACUCACUAUCCCUGGUGGCCGUCAGCGGCGCCAUGGGCCUCGGCUUCCUCCUCUCCAUGCUCUUCUUCAUCGAGCAGAACCUGGUGGCUGCCUUGGCUAAUGCCCCGGAGAACAGGCUGGUAAAGGGCACUGCCUACCACUGGGACCUCCUGCUCAUCGCCAUCAUCAACACCGGGCUGUCUCUGUUUGGGCUGCCCUGGAUCCAUGCUGCCUACCCCCACUCCCCGCUGCACGUGCGGGCACUAGCUUUGGUGGAGGAGCGUGUGGAGAAUGGGCACAUUUACGAGACGAUUGUGAGUGUGAAGGAGACGCGGUUGACCUCCCUGGGCGCCAGCAUCCUGGUGGGCUUCUCCCUCCUGCUGCUGCCCUUCCCGCUACAGUGGAUCCCCAAGCCUGUGCUCUACGGCCUCUUUCUCUACAUCGCGCUCACCUCCAUCGACGGCAACCAGCUGUUUGCACGCAUGGUCCUGCUGCUCAAGGACCAAACCUCGUACCCACCCACCCACUACAUCCGGAGGGUGCCUCAGAGGAAGAUCCACUACUUCACAGGCCUGCAGGUCCUGCAGCUGCUGCUGCUCUGUGCCUUUGGCAUGAGCACCCUGCCCUACAUGAAGAUGAUCUUUCCCCUCAUCAUGAUCGCCAUGAUCCCCAUCCGCUACAACCUGCUGCCCCAAAUCAUUGAAGCCAAGUACCUGGACGCCAUGGACGCUGAGCACUGAGGUCCUGACUACCAGGCCCUGGCCACACCCCAUUCGCCCAUCCCUCUGGGUCUUCCCAGGCUGGCUCUGUGGCUGUGUGUGGGUAUCUUGGGGUGCUGCUCUGUACUGCACCCCCUCACAGCUGUCCCAACUGGCCUAGGGUGUCUGGGCAUUGAGGGGGCUCCAAGGUGUGUGUCUGCUCCUCUUCCCAUUAGCCUUUUGCUUUGGGUCCGGAACUCUGCUCAGGGCAGCUUCUGCCCAGGGUGGGACUAAGCAGGAUGGAUUUUCUUUUGAUAAAAGAGCCUGAAAGAGAAACCAUUUCCUUGAUUGUGUAAGGAACUUGCUGUAUGCACAUUAGAGAAUAAAGCUCCUGUUUCUAUGCUUCUACAUAUCGCCUCCAUCCAUGCUGCCCUGCCCCAGCCUCUGAAGGCCACCUGAGCGCCCUGAGGAGGGAGAAACCAUCCCAGGGGAGGUGGGAUAAAAGGGACUGAUUUGUUGAGUGCCGCCUAAGGGCUAUUACUUCC